AUGUCCGCAGUAUUUGAUUACUUGAAGCGCUUUUCACAUUUGUCAGACACUGCGUUUCUUGUAACGCAAGCGUUGCACCCACAGCGCGCCGACCCGUUUGCAUCAAAUGACUCCCCAGCAUUCCCCACCCGUGACGAAUUUUCACACCGUCUGCGUCAACUGAUACAGCUGCUCAGACGGGCUUUUUACUUCACAGAAAUUCGCUUCCACAUUUCCUCUUUCUUUCCUAACCUGCAACAUUGUCACCUCGCCAUCAUUAAUCCCGAAAAUUUUAUAAACACAUUAAUUUUAACUUCCUUCACUCUCUUCUUCUACUUUCUUCUAUUACAAAAUUCGCUUUUUUUCCUUGCUUAUUUAGAUUUCCCAUUUUCCUUCUCGUAUUUUCUCCUUGCUUUUCUUUCCUCUACACGUUUCAUUGCCCCUUUUUUCCUUGCAUCGAUCAUUUCUCGUGCUUUUCUCUAUUUCUCUCUCAUGCUCUCCGGCUCAAAUGUUCUCUUACAAUACGACCACAUGUCAUAG